UUUGCCAUAACCUCGAAAAUUUCCAUCAAAAUCAUUAUCAAAAUCUAGAAGGAGAAAUCUCGUUUUUUGUUAGAAAAUAAUAACAUUCAUCAGAAAUUAAUGUAUAAGAAGUGUUUUAAGUUAUAAGAAAAGUGCAAUUUUGUUAUGAACGAUGAUGUGUUAUUGUCGACAACCUCUAAUUUAAUCGUUUCAUCUUCACCAUCUCAAAAAGUCACACCAAAGAUUUCUCCAGUGAUUUAAUAAUAUUACGACAGAAUCAUUACUGAAGUUUUUUAAGAGUGUUUAUCAGAUAAGUCAUGGAAGAAUACACAAGAGAACCUUGCCCAUGGAGAAUUGUUGACGACUGUGGAGGUGCUUUUACCAUGGGCCUUAUAGGAGGUGGUGUUUUUCAAAGCAUUAAAGGUUUUAGAAAUGCCCCAUCUGGGUUUAAUCGCAGACUGAUUGGCUCAUUAGCCGCGAUAAAACAACGUUCUCCCAUAAUAGCAGGCAACUUUGCAGUAUGGGGCGGUAUGUUUUCAACUAUUGAUUGUGCUCUGAUUCAUGUCCGGAAGAAGGAAGAUCCUUGGAACUCCAUUAUCAGUGGUGCCGCGACUGGUGGCAUUUUAGCAGCUAGAAACGGACUACCUGCUAUGGCUGGAAGCGCCCUAAUUGGUGGUGUGCUUCUGGCAUUAAUCGAAGGCGUAGGAAUUCUAUUUACCAGGCUGAGCGCGGAACAGUUUCAGCCUCAGUUACCCCCAUUAGAGGACCCCUCGCAGUUGGGUCAGAAUCAGCCCCCUCCUGGAUACCAAUAUCAGUAGGGUAAAUUUUUUUAUUGUUUUUUGCUGUACUGAUAGUGAAUUAAAUUGUAAUAUACGUUGUGAUAUAGUAAACAUACUAGACAAAGAUUUCCCUUUAUAAUGUUGUAUGUUUUUUUCUUUCUGAGUGCCAGGAAAUAAAUUAUUUUUUUUUAA